ACAGCCUCCAUCAUGUCCUGCAGCUUUGCCUCACAGUCUUCCUCCAGGUCCAUAAGGGGCUCCAGCGGCUCCAUGAUCGGUGGCUCCAUGAUCGGUGGCGGCGGCGGCGGCCGUAUGUCCAUGAGAUCUGGGAGUGUCUACGGAGGAGCAGGGGGCUCAGGGGUCCGCAUCUCCUCAUCCUCAUCCGGCAUGGGCAUGGGCAUGGGCAUGGGCAUCGGCUUCGGCGGUGGCUUCUCUUCCUCCUCCUCCAGCUUCAGCAUGUCCGGCAACGAGAAGAUCACCAUGCAGAACCUGAACGACCGCCUGGCCUCCUACCUGGCAAAGGUGCAUGCCCUGGAGAAGGCCAACGCCGAGCUGGAGCUGAAGAUCAGGCAGUAUAUGGAGAGCAAAGUCACCUACGCUGCCAGAGACUACAGCGCCUUCUUCACCACCAUCGGUGACAUCACAGCCAAGAUUGAGGCCGCUGUCAGGGUGAAUGGCGCCAUCCAUCUCAGCAUGGACAACGCUCGCCUGGCUGCAGACGACUUCAAGGCAAAGUUUGAGAACGAGCUGACCAUGCGUCAGUCUGUGGAAGCCGACAUCGCUGGGCUCAAGGGAGUCCUGGCUGACAUGAACAUGUGCAAGAACGACUUCACCAUGCAGUUGAAUGGCCUGAAGGAGGAGCUGCUCUUCCUCAAGAAUAACCACAAGGAGGAGAUGCUGGUGUUGCGUAGUCAGAUCGGUGGUCAGGUCAACGUGGAAGUGGACGCGGCACCACAACAAGACCUCAGCAAGAUCAUGGCUGACAUCAGAGAGCACUACGAGUCCAUCACCGCCAAGAACCAGAAAGAGCUAGAGGCCUGGUUCCAGACCAAGUCAGAGGCUCUGAGCAAAGAGGUGAUCACUCAGACGACCAGCCUGCAGACGUCCAGGUCAGAGGUCUCAGAGGUCAAACGGACGCUGCAGUCGCUGGAGAUCGAGCUGCAGUCCAUGUUGGGCAUGAAAGCGUCACUGGAGGGAAGUCUGGCUGAAACACAGAGCCGCUUCGCCAUGCAGAUCUCCGGAUUCCAGAUGCAUGUGUCGUCCCUGGAGGAGCAGCUGACACAGCUGAGGGCCGACCUGGAGCGUCAGGGGAUGGAGUACAAGAUGCUGCUGGACAUUAAGUGCAGGCUGGAGAUGGAGAUCGCCGAGUACAGGAGGCUGAUGGAUGGAGAGGCCAGCGGCAGUUCCUUGUCCUCCUCGUCCACAACUAAGCGGAUGGUGACGGUGACGGAGAAGGUGGUCGGUGGGACAGUGUUGUCCUCCUCGUCCUCGUCUUCCUACCUGGUUCGCUGAGACACUGUGGCGGUCAAUGACCAGUGAUCAAUGACGUCGACCAGAAAACACUAAACA